AUGUCCGUCUUCACAUUCGACCCAAAUCCACCCCGGGUGUCUUCUCUCUGGCUGCUGCCGGCAAAGUUGGAAGACCAGGGCCUUCAGCCCAAUGGCACUGUUGCACACAGCUUGCUGUCGGACUAUGGGGUGACCAGGCUCCCUCCUGAGCCCGAGGACGGUCCGGUGGAAUAUAAGCUCCACCUCCUCCUGCGCCCACGACGGGCAUACAAGCCACUCUCCUACUUCUCAGCCUCGCUGCAGGCCAAGAUUGCUACGGAUCCGAAAUAUCUGCAAAAGACCCGUGUUGUAGGCUCUUCGACCGCCGGCCAGACACGACAAGACCGGUGCCAGCAUCUCACCACCCAGCUGCUCUGGAGACUGCGCCAGUCCUCUCCAUACCAUGCGUCGGUGGCCAGCCAGGACAUCGACGUGCCAGUGCUGCCGGAUGGCGUCGAGCUUUCCUCGCUCCCUGUUGCGCUGGGGAGACUUGCGCCCGGCUUGGAGGAGUCGCGAGGUGCUCUGUACGAGAUUGGCGUCGCCGACGACGGCACCCUCAUCGGCAUAGCCAAGGACGAGAUGGACCAGAGCGUGGCAACACUGCGUUGGAUGGCAGCAAGCUUGGGCUGCACGGCAGAAGUCCAGCGCAUGGUGGCUGUCGGGGAGUGCGAGUGGACGGCGGAUGAGGCGCCAUCUAUAGGCCCUGAGACUGCUCCUCCGAAAGGCCGAGAGAACCUCUGGGUCGCAGAGGUGUUUGUCCGACCACACAUGAAGUCUUACGGCUCAUCCGGCUCCAACCACAAGCAAACACUGACUACUCUUGGCUCGGCCACAACCGAUCAGCUUCGGGUCACUCUGACUGGGCCAACGGGCUCGGGAAAGUCGACCCUGCUAGGAACCCUCUCGACCGGCACGCUGGAUGACGGACAUGGGAAGAGCCGUCUCAACUCGCUCAAGCACCUGCACGAAUUGGCCUCUGGGCUGACAAGCACCGUGACGCAGGAGCUCUUGGGCUACUCAGAGGACCGUAUAGUCAAUUAUGCAAAUCAGAAUAUCGAGUCCUGGAUCGGCAUCCAUGACUACACCAAGGAUGGCCGUCUCGUCUUUGUGUCGGAUUCUGCCGGCCAUCCGCGCUUCCGCCGCACUACACUUCGAGGCCUCAUCGGAUGGGCUCCUCAUUGGACCAUUCUGUGCCUUGCUGCUGCUUCCGACACGGCCGCAGGCAGUGCGGCUCUUGCAAAGGCACAUCUCGACCUCUGUCUCAAGCUGAACCUGCCUCUCGCUAUCAUCAUCACCAAGUCAGACCUGCUGAAUAAGGAGUCGCUCAAGCGGACUCUCGUCCCGAUCUGGACGGCCGUGAAGAAUGCUGGCAGAACACCGCAGCUCCUGCAGUCGAAGCAAAAGUCUUCCGAGAACAUCCGACAAAUCCCAGCUACAGAUGCCCUGGCAAUCGAGUCGGCCCUCUCACAUGCCCAAGCAACAAGCAACUUCCGCGCUGUCGUCCCCGUAAUCCUGUCCAGCACAGUGAGCGGCGACGGCAUCGGCAUGGUGCAUGCCCUGCUCCGCUCACUACCCCUUCCGCCUGAGCCGACUGCCCAAGACUAUGUCGGCAUGGCGCUGAAUCCGGAAGAACCCGAGUCGCUCUUCCACAUUGAGGGUCAGUACAACCGCCCAGCAUCAUACACCUCCAGCAAUCUCGGCGAGCUGGCAGAUCCUGGCUAUGUGGUGUCGGGUUACCUGCGAUUCGGCAGCAUCUCUGUGGGAGACCUUGUGGUGGUUGGUCCGUUUCAGUCGGAGGGUGAAGUUGGUGGUCUUUCUCUGGAAGACGAGCGGACGGCGUCGCCCAGCAGUCACACUGUCCUAUCGUCGUCUCACCCGUCCAACUCUGAGCUCUCGCGAAUUGCCGCCAGGAAGGCCAUCUCUGCAUCUGCUCUGAACGGAAAGUGGCACAAUGCACGAGUCAUCAGCAUUCGCAAUCUACGCCUGCCAGUAGAAACGCUCGCCACUGACCAAGUCGGCACGAUCGGACUCAUCGCCCUGCCGCCUGAAACUGCAGGCGAUGACGUGUUUGAGCCGGCAGCACCCCCUGACCUCAAACCCCGCAGAGGUAUGGUGCUUGCCAUUCCCAGCAAGCACAUGGUGGACAGUGGGCUGCAGCUGCAGGCAGCCAGCGGACUGACGGCAUUCUUCGCGGACGCGACGAUCGAAUCGCUCGCCACUGGCACGGCCGUCACGUUUUAUGUGGCCAGCGUGCGGGCACAGGCAAGGAUUGCCAAGAUCUGGAGCGGAUCUCUCGGAGACUCGUUCGGCAUCAGUGCGGAGGCUGACGGGGCGCCAGAAGAUGGACUACUUCCCGGUAGCGUCUUCAGGCUGCACGAUACUGCCGAGGCCGACAGCAGGCAGGACGGGGCGGCGACCACGGCCGUGCACGGCUACAAUGUCCGGCUGGAGCUUCUCAACCGGCGGGAGUGGAUCGAGCUGGGGUCACAGAUUGUGAUUCUAGAGGGCGCCAGCAAAGAAGCUUUUCUGUUGGACGGGUUUAUCGGCAAGGUUGUCGAGAUUGCCGACUGA